AACUAAAUCGAAUAUAUCAAUUUCUAGAUGAGGAGAUAAAAUCACGAUGGAUUUGCGUAAAAAAAAGAAAGAUAAUAAAAUCAUGGAUUAUGAAAUAAGUAAUCACGAUGGAAUUGCCAAUUUGCCAUAAUAAUGCCGUGCCAGUGACUCUACUCUAAUCAAGCAAGCUACAUUGAUCCGAAUCUCAAACUCGUAAAUCACUCACACACGUUUUCUUUCUUCUCCGUUCACAAAACCGUUAUUCCCUCCAAAACAGAUCCAACUUACCAUCGUCACCGACCUACUUUCCGAACUGCAUUUGAGUGAUUCAUUGAUGGAACCGGCAUCUGCUGUAACUCCUCCAGUUUCUAACACUGAACAUUCCUCCACCAAAGUAUCUGCUGAAAAUAGCAAUGAACAUGAUCUGCCGUCCCUGUCACCAACUUCUGGUAUAUCUUCCUGGGAAAGAAAUCCGAGGCUCGGGGUAGCAGAUCAGAACUCACAGACUGAGAACAGUAGUAUGUCUGCAUUUGCUGUAACUCCAGCAUUGAUGGAACCGGCAUCUGCUGUAAUGCCUCCAGCUUCUAACACUGAACAUUCCUCCACCAAAGUAUCUGCUGAAAAUAGCAAUGCACGUGAUUCACUGUCCUUCUCACCAACUUCUGGUAUAUCUUCCUGGGCACGAAAUCUGAGGCUCGGGGCAGCAGAUCAGAACUCACAGACUGAGAACAGUGGUUUUUCUGCAUUUGCUCGCCUGGCAAGCGGGAUUGGACUACGAAGUCCCUCAAAUGAGGCUGCUCCAGGCAACUCAGGAACUGAGCAAUCUAAUUUAAUUACCCUUGAAUCAUUCACCAAAGGGUUGGUGGACUCUUCUAAGAGCGCAGUAAAGGCGAUGCAGACCAAAGCACGACAUAUUGUCUCUCAAAAUAAACGCAGAUACCAGGAAGGUGGAUUUGAUUUGGAUAUGACAUACAUAACUGAAAAUAUAAUAGCUAUGGGAUUUCCUGGUGGUGAUUUAAGCUCUGGAAUUGUUGGGUACAUUGAGGGGUUCUAUCGCAAUCACAUGGACGAAGUAAUCAAGUUCUUUGAAACUCAUCAUAAGGGAAAGUAUAAAGUAUACAAUCUUUGUUCAGAGAGGUUGUAUGAUGGAUCACUUUUCCAGGGGAAGGUUGCAAGUUUCCCAUUUAGUGAUCACAAUUGCCCUCCUAUUCAACUUAUAGCAUCAUUUUGUCAAAGUGCAUAUUCAUGGUUGAAGGAGGAUAUCCAAAAUGUGGUAGUUGUUCAUUGUAAAGCUGGUCUGGGAAGGACAGGACUGAUGAUUUGUAGUCUUCUUUUGUUUCUUAAGUUCUUCACCACUCCUGAGGAAGCCAUUGGUCACUUUAACCAGAAAAGAUGUGUAGAUGGAAAGGCUCUAGUUCUCCCUAGUCAGAUUAGAUAUGUCAAAUACUUUGAAAGGACUUUAACACACUUCAAUGGAGAAGUCCACCCUGGACGAAGGUGCAUGCUAAGAGGGUUUCGGCUUCACAAAUGCCCUUAUUGGGUUAGGCCAUCCAUUACAAUUUCUGAUCAUAGUGGAAUUCUUUUCACAACAAGAAAGCAUCCCAAGACAAAGGAUCUAAUGCCUGAAGAUUUCUGGAUCAAUGCACCAAAGAAAGGAAUUAUGGUCUUUGCAUUACCAGGGGAGCCUGGUCUGGCAGAAUUGGUUGGGGACUUCAAAAUUCAUUUUCAUGAUCGACAGGGAGAUUUCUUCUGUUGGAUGAAUACAACAAUGAUAGAGAACAGAACAAUUUUAGAUGGCUCGGAUCUUGAUGAUUUUGAUAAGAGAAAGAUCCCCACUCCAGGGUUCCAGGUCGAAGUUGUGAUGGUAGACUAUGAUGGCACCCUUCCCACUAAAGUCAAUCCUGCAAGCAAAGGAUCUGGCAACACAAGCAAUGUCUUAUCUGGUGCAAAGUCUACAUCUAAUUCAAGCAAGAGUAAGGUACCUACAAAUGGAGAUGAUGAUGUAUUCUCAGAUAGUGACGAGGAGGAGACCAAGGGAACAAAAAGGAGGGAAGCUGCAACUGAUUACAAGUAUACGGAACCGCAUCAAGUAUCUGAGGCUACUACUGACCAUGUAGGGAUGUUGGCAAAUGCAACGGAUCGGUUGUCAAUCCAGCAUGAGGAACGUACAGAAAACAAUGCUUCUGAAGCAUCAACUACAGAUAAAAUUCAUAGUACUCAUGCAGGCCCUAACACAACCAACACGGAAUCUUUAGGGUCAAGUGAAUUUAAGGCAAUUGCAGCAGAUGCUUCAGUUUUUUCGUUUGGAGAUGAAGAUUUUGAGAGUGAUUAAGAGGAGACAGGUUAAACUAUUGUUCAAAUUUGUUAAUAUUCAGGAAUUUGUGUAUAGCCCUUUUCACCGGGAUCAUACCCACAGGUAAAAGGAUCAGGCACAUUAUGGAAUUAAUUGCAUUUACCCCUUUUUGCUGUCAAAUGACUUUCUUUCCUGUAUUUUAUUAUUUAAAUUUUACAUAUUUUUAAGGUCCAUAUGAUGUUCCUCCAUCCUUGAGGACCUUAGGAGAACCUAAACGUAGAGAGCAUGCUUCUCAUGCACACGUAAUUCACAUUCCUUGUGAUUUUGGAUGGAACUGCCGCAUUUAUGUAAACCUAAAGCCUUACUCUAUUUGACACAAAUAUGGACACCACACUAUAUUAUACGGUUUUCUA